AUGCUAUCGCCAGCUAUGAUUUCCCUCCAGAAUCUACCCAACGAACUCAUAUACGAGAUUGCCUCUCAUCUCUGCAUCGCAGACCAGGCGUCCUUGCGCGCCACAAACACGAUCCUUCGACUCUGUGUCGAGCCCCUGUUUUGUAGGAAUAUAUAUAUUCCGACCAAUCGCUUGCGCUGGGAGAGGACUAGCGAAUUCUUCCGGGCUUUGAACGCGGGCAGCACUGGGUGGUCUCGAUAUGCCAAACGACUAACUAUUGCACGGGCAACAACGCCGAUUCCGACAUGCUCUGCUGCGUCGGCUAUAAUCGAGGAGUCGCCUGUAAAAGGACUGCUGCUCGCCAUCCACGCAUGUGCUCGUCGCAUCACCAGUAUAGUAUUCCGCAUCUCGCACGAUGACCCGGCAUGGCUCUACGAUACGGUCUGCGGCACGUUGCCAGCGUUCUCCGUGCUGGCCUCGUUCGAGCUUAUCCAGCCGGACUAUGUUGACCUUGCCCUACCCCGACUUUCAGGGCUGGUCGCGCUCAAACUGUCAUGCGCGACCGCCCAUCCCAAGCCGAAACUGUAUCUCACUGCUACCCUCCCAUUGCGCAUACUCCCCAUGCACCCUCCUGCAACCCCAUCCCAAGACAUUCUCAAUCAAGUUCCGGCUGAGGAUAUCAUUUGCCUCUCCCCCAACCUUCGCGUUCUCGAGCUCGUCGGGAUUCGUGACUGGGACCCCGUCUGGGACGCCCUGCUUCGCAGUCGCAUCGAGCUCAAAUCCGUGACGAUCAACCGACUCUCCGCCGCUGCCGUCGCAUACCUCAAGUCGUAUUCGGGACUGGAGGCCCUCGUCGUACAACCCAGCUGCGAGACUUCGGAGUCGACUUCGACGGAGAAGGCGGCUGGUAUGCGGGAGCUGGUCGCUGAAUUGAAGGAAGCAGUUCUUCCGCGACACAAAACAACGAUGAAGCUACUAGAUCUGAGCUCCUUUGAUACAUUAUAA